AUGAUCCCGAGAUUGGAGCUCUGCGCUGCUGUGCUGCUGGUGAAAUUGAUGCAGCGCAUCCAGUCGGCUUUUCGAUUGAAAGUGUCCAAUACCUAUUACUGGAUGAUUGUGCUGUCAUGGAUUAAAAAAGAGACGUCCCAGUUAAAAACCUUCGUGGCAAACCGUGUAGCCACACUUCAAGACCUUUCGUGUCAGGAGCAGUGGAGACAUGUUUCGUCAGGAGAUAAUCCAGCUGAUCUUAUCAGUCGUGGUGUAAAUCCGUCCAAAAUGCUCGAGAGUCACUUGUGGUGGGAAGGCCCUGCCUUUCUAAAAGACAGCCCUACUGCUUUACUACAUUAUGUCAGACAAAGUUUCUGGCCAGUUCAAGGUAAGGCAACGUGCAGGAAAGUAGUGCAUGAUUGUAUUAAGUGUUUCAGAGUUAAACCCAUAGCAGUUAAACAAUUGAUGGGCGAUUUACCGAAAGAGAGAGUGACUCCUGACUUCCCAUUUAAUUGCUCUGGAGUAGAAUUUUGUGGCCCAUUUCUUGUGAAAUAUAAACAUCAAAGAAAGGGCACUUAUCAUAAUGUGUAUGUCUGUUUAUUUGUAUGCUUAGUUACUAAGGCAGUGCACCUCGAGAUGGUCACUGAUUUAACAUCAGAUGCCUUCAUAGCGUGUUUAAAGAGAUUUGUGGCUCGAAGAGGUUUAUGUUCGAAAUUAUUUUCAGAUAACUGCACAAACUUCAUAGGAGCAAAUAAGAAACUUUCUAAGUUAUACAAUUUAGUUGUAAAACCCGACGAUAGUCUUGCUAGUUAUUUGUCAACAGAGGGAAUUGAUUGGAACUUCAUUCCACCUAGAGCACCUAACUUUGGUGGCCUCUGGGAAAGUGGAGUUAAAGCAUUUAAAUAUCAUUUCAAACGCAUUUUAGGUAAUUCCAAAUUGAGCUAUGAAGAAUUCCUAACAGUUAUUACGCAAAUAGAAGGAAUUCUAAAUUCUAGACCACUUGCACCUCUGUCGUCCGAUACCGAUGUGUAUGACGUGUUAACCCCUGCUCAUUUCUUAAUUGGCAGAUCCUUAAAUACUGUUGUAGAGCCAAAUUUAAUCGAAGUUAAAGACAAUCGAUUAUCCAAUUGGAAAAAACUGACAAAAUUAACUCAAAUGUUUUGGAGAAAAUGGCAUAUACAGUAUCUUAAUAAUUUGCAACAGAGGUCCAAGUUGAAGAAAGAAUUUCCCGUGGAACAAUUUUCAGGAGAACAAUAUUCGGAGUCCAUUUUGCGAGACAUAGAUGAAUUCACAGAGCUGUGGUUUGAAUAG